AUGAGUGGUCGCGAGCGCAGUAGAAACCGAACCUGGUCGUUGGAUUCGGACCUUGACUCGCGUGCGUCCCAGACAGUGGGCAGUUCGGCAGGGGGUCUUGAGGAGGACAAGGAGGUCGCCUCGCAAGCUGUCCUGUUCUUCAUCAAUGGUUCGAGGAGAGGUGCAGUGCACCUGUGCUCGAGUAUAGCCGAGAUACUGCGCGAGAAUCAACGUCUGCACAGGACCGUAGAGGUCCAGAGGGUCCGAAUAGAGGAGCUGAUGUGCUCUCUGUCCACUGCUCCGGCUGCUCCCGUGGGUCCAUCAGAUUCCAACAGAUCCCAGACCAACUCCACCUCUCCCUUCUCCUGCCUCCCCUCCAUCUCUCUCGCCGCCGCCUCCUCCCCUUACCUCCCCUCUCCCCCAGCCAGUCACCACACCCCCCUGCCUCCCUCCUCUGGUCCCCCUUCACAACCUCACCCCUCAGAGGAGACAGUCAGGAGGAGGGAGAAGGGCAACCUGUCGUCUGAGCAGGGUGGACAGACAUCGGACCGAAAACACACGCUGAAGAAAAGAGAGAAAGUCCUAAGGAGAAGUGCCUCAUGUGGACCUCUGAGGGGAGAGAUGGACGAGACAAAAGAGGAGGAGAGGUGGUGUCUGGCCCCAGACUGUCCUGACUCCUCGUCCACAGUCCAAGCAGCAGGAGGGCUGGACCCCAGGGCAUUAACCACCAGGAAGAAGCACCGUCUGUGUGUGAAUGACCGUGUAGUGCUGGAGAGAAGGAGGCGAGGAGAGGAGAGGAGAAGAGGAGCUGUGAGGUUUAUCGGACCACUGGAAAACACUGAGUCUACAGACAUCUAUAUCGGAGUGGAAUUGGACACAUCCAGUGGAGAAAAUGAAGGCAGUCUCCAUGGUAACAGGUACUUCAGGUGUAAGCCCAACCAUGGAACAUUCACCACCAUCACGGGGAUCAGAAAGCUCUCUCAAUCAUCCCGCUUCAAACCUCCAGAGGAGGGUGACUCUAGUGACUCUGGGCCGGGGAGCUCUGCAGUGGCAAUGGGGAGGAGCAGCCAGAGCGUUGGGAGUAGGAGCAGGAAAGGGCUCAGAAGGACCUGGAACCAGAUGGACAUUAGAGCUCAGGUCCAUUCAGAGCCAGGAGGACCCAGAGACAAGACUACAGUGGAGAACCCUGGACUGGACUGACAUUGCGCCAUCACAUACCCCUGGACUGGCCUGGCACUCCUCUCCUAAUCACUCAAUCCACAGCCUUACAUUUUCCCCUUUCUCUCCUGAUGAGUGUAUACUCACUAGACAACAUGCUGAAGAAGCCUUCUUCAAUCUUCCAGCAUGUAACUAUAGAGAAAGGACUUGUUUUAGUAUAGGCAGCGCCAUUGAGGACUUCAACUGGGUGGGACCUCCUAUGGGUUAAGGAAGGAUCAGAUUAUUCCAUCCAGGUCAUCAGGAGGGAUCAGCCAAUGAAUUAUACUAGUGAGGAAACAUUCCAUAACUCCAGGUGGCAGUAAAUCUCCAACCUUGGCUUUUUAUCUGUUCAAACAACACACUCUAGGUGGCAGUAUGCACCCUUUUUGCCAUCUCGUAGAUGAAAGUUGAUUAGUUCAAAAUGGAGAUGCUCACAGACGCCAUAAUGGAACAGAUAGAAUGAUGCGAUGUUAUUCAAGUCUAUGGUUGUAACUGACCUCCCAGCCUUUUGACAAAUGGCAUCUGUCUGCCAUGCUUUCAUCAGGUGUAACUGACCACUACUGCAUCUGACCGAUCCAAGUCUUGGAUCAGGAAAAACUUUUAUAGAUAAACGUGUGUUGUCUGUGGGAGACAUUAUGCGCACAAACCAAAGGCGGCGACCUUGGUAGGGCAAUCUUUAUUGCAUAUGAAUGACAGGACCUGACAUUGCCUCCCAUUCAUUCUCGUAUCUGUAUGUAUCAGACAGUGGUGAAACCUGUUUACAUGGUGUUGAACUGCUGUGGCUCCUGCUUUAUGGUCUGCCAUGAUGUUCACACUAAGCCCAAUCUGAAACACAAGUGGCGUCUGUUUAACGCUCCACAGUCUUCCAAUAUAAACACUUUACAUUCGGCACACUACCAAUAUGCUGUAAUAACUCCUUAUGACACCUGUUAUGUCAGUGUUACGCAGGCCUUAUGACAGACUUCAAGUAAAGUGUUAGUGAACAGAAGAGAGCCUUCAUCAAACUGCGCUUUUCCUUCAUAUAUGUCAUGAACAGUUUUAUACAACUUUAUAUAUAUAUAUAUAUGACACAUGGUUUCCAGACUACUAAUAAACAUUGCUGUGGUAAAACAUUUUGAC